UGGGCCACCUGCGGGUGGUUCGUCUGGUGGUGGGGGUGGGAGUGGAGGCAAUUCGAACGAUUCGAAUGAUAAUAAAGAUGAUAGGGAGAGCGACCGUGAUGAGAAGAAUACGCACACAGCUUCUACUGCUCAGCAAUCUACUUCGCUGUCUACGACCGAGUCAAGUGCAACUACCUCUGAGCGAACGUCCUCAGAUGCACAAACGAGCUCUGCGGAUCCAACUUCAACGAGUGAAGCGUCCUGUACGCAGACGGCAACAUCGUCAACCUGCACUAUGACUGUCAGUAUCUUUACGCCUACGCGGACGGGGACAGACAUACCGACUCCUGAGACGAAGACAAUCAAGACCUGCGAGUCCCUCUCACCGGUUGACGCGUGCUCUCUCACCGUCACAACCACAGUAACAACCAUCACCCCCUCGUCGAUUCUCGAAGGGCUGGAGACCGUCUCACCGUCAACAACAACAACCACCACGAGCGAGAGCACAACAUCUGUCCCUGCCACGAUAACAGCCGUCCCGUCCAUGCCCACGACAUCUCAAGAACCCGUAAGACUGACUCAAGCACCACCAACAACGACCGUUCCAACGGUCACAACAACUGAUCCGGCACCAAUCAUCACGGUGAUCACUCUUCCUACAACGCUGAUUACAUUGAGGAAGUAUCCCUGUACACCAUCAUUCAACAUAUGGCGCGACCCGCAAUGGCUCUGCUACUGUCCGAAAACAACAUCUUCAUCGUCAACGACCCUCUUUGUACCAGGUAUCACGAACAAUCUAUGUCGGUAUACGACCAUCCCGGACCCAGCUCCUAGCAUGUCAAUUUCUUAUAUACCAAAGAAUUUCAGCAACGAUGAUUAACGGAUUGGAUUUAUCUUGUUUUCUUUUUCUUCAUUGUUUAGACUACGUUUUACUGGUGAGGCUAUUUGAUUUCUAUUUCACCCAGAGGUUUAGUCCAAAACAAGUCAGUUCCUGUCAAU